UUGAGAUUGUCGAGUCAACAAGUGAUUGGGACGGCCCACAAUGUAUUAUAGCAUCUGGAUUUUAAUAACGAUUUUCGCUGCGAAAGCUCGAACAGCUACACAAUGGUGCGAAAAGGAUAUUUAUCCCACCGAAUUACGUAGUGUGGGAAAACAAACCGAAGGUCUGGCCAUAUGGAGCCCCAUACGUGCAGGAGGUCAUAGGCUAUUGACUUUGUGCUCCAAUGUAACGGGCUUGCCAGUGGAGAGGCAUUGUGCAUUCGAUUAUGAUAGUCCCACAGGUAAGUGGGAGUUUAUAGAUCGCAAAACUACCUUUCUCAGUUGCGAUGUUAUACACAAUGAUUGCAAGGAGGAAAUUGUCAAACAGUUCUUUUUGAGGAAAAAUGGCGUCAAAGUGGAGACCACCAAUAGAUUGUUGCCAGGCAAAUUAGGUGAAUACUCACCAUCACAAAAAGUCUGUCUGCAAUCCACGGGGCUGCCAUUAUCGCGUCGUUGUAUCUACAAUGCUAGACACUACAAGGCCGAAUGGGAUAAUAAGAUUGUGGGGAAUAGUUAUUGCCUGCAGGAUAUCAAUCAGGAAAUCAUAACGGGCGACUUAAAUCGGCUGUAUUUAAAGUUGAGAAACAAUACAAAUAAUGGUGGUGAAGAAAAUCUUCUCAUUGCUACGCAAACUUCGGCUCUACUGGCAAAGGCAAAAACUUCCCGCAUUGCAGCAGAUUUAAAGAUUGCCACUGAUAUUUUGGAAAUUUUAGCCCAGCAAGAUCACAAGCCGGAAUUAAUGGCCAAAAUUCUGGAAAUUGCUAAUCAUCUCAUGGAAUGUGAUGAGAAUGUGGUGCGCAUGUCCCAGCCGCUCGAUAUACCAAAUAGGCUAAUAAAAAUUUUGGAUAACUAUUACGACAGAACGGGCAAAAAAAGCACCUCAUGCGGUACAGUUCCCAAUGGAGUCCACUACAGUUCAGUGCAAUACACCACAGUCUUUCAAAUAAAUCCUGCAUGUGCGAACAUCUCUGGCAUUGCUGUUUACAGGGCUUCGGCACAUCCAACGGCUUCGAUGCUCUACGACGCAACCACACAACGUUACUUCCGCUUUAUCAAUAUGUAUGAAGAGAUUAAGGAUAUCAUUCGUGAUCCCCAUAUUGAAGUGGCUACAUAUUUUCCGCGUCACGUUUGGACAGCCAUACAAGAAGAUGAAAGUAAUGUUGUGCCUGUGGACACGAUUACCAUAUCGUUGUAUAGAAAUAAGAAUUUCUUUAUGGAUGAAGACCACCUUGAUGAUGCUCAUGAACCGGAUAGUGUAAUUUUGUCAUCUUCUGUGCCAGGAUACAAAGGUGGUCUAAUUGACAGCGUGCCCCUACUUCUAAAAUAUCAUCGAAAAGAAGAGGACCAGCGACCAACUUGCAGAUAUUGGAACUCUACCAACUGGAUCAGUGAUGCCAGUGUUAAUACUACCACUGUUAUAUCCGAUACUAAUGAUUAUCUGAUGUGUAAAAGUAUACAAUUGCUACCACUUGCCGCUGUGUGGACAGUCCAAGUUAGAGAGGUCGUACAGACCAAUACAGUUGUAUUGACUCUGAGGCGUGAGUCAACUGUCGAUAUGGUAUCUGUUGUGGGAUGCGGUUUGUCGUUGUUGGUUUUAAUUUUCAUUUGGAUGACUGCUUUGUGUUGCAGCCAUUGGCGUUCGGACAUCUCAAAUAAGCUGUUAUUUAAUCUAUGUUUUGUUCUAUCGCUGAUAAUGGUCUAUCUGCUGUUGGCUAAUAUGUGGAAAAUAAAAGAUGCCAUGAUCGAUAUUUCGAAUCGCCAUUAUUGCAUAGCUAUGGGAGCAUUUUUGCAAUACACCAUUUUGGUAUUGUUCCUGUGGAUGCUAUUCAUAGCCUAUCUGCAGUAUCGGCGUUAUGUGGCAGUGGUCGGUGUGGUGACGCCAUCACAUUUUGUGGCCAAGUAUGCCCUGGCAGCAUGGGGCUUGCCCCUAUUGCCCACCAUAAUGUUGGUAUACUUGGAUCCCAAAACUUAUGCACCUAUGCUGCGUGAGGUGGGAAACGAUAAUAGCCUAUCAGCAGCCAUGUGCUUUCCCACUGGUUAUGCCCUAUACGCAACAGUUGUCUUUCCAGUCGUGGUCAUAAUUUUGGUAAACUUCAUCAUAUUUCUCUAUGUGCUUUGCAGCGUACGCAAAUCUUUGCAGAAAUACAAACGCAAUCAACAUCGUCAAGAGAUGACUUCUCAGGUGUGGUUAACCCUGCUGUUGUUCCUGCUUUUGUGCAUGACAUUGGCUUUCGGCAUAUUGGCCUAUGCCAAAGGUAGCCUUUUGUAUUCCUUCUUAUUUUGCCUAACCGUCACUGUGCAAGGAUUUAUGCUGUUUAUUUACUUUGUGGUCAUCGAUAAGUUUGUGCGUUUCAAAUGGCUAAGCUGUUGUUAUCCCAAGGACUACAAUGUCAUGGACGAUACCAUUAUGUCACCAUUAUCUGAAUACUAAUGCAACCAAAAUUCAUUCAUUUUCCAAGCUAACAUUUUAACAUAUUAAGUAUUUUUUAGCAAUAAAAGUUUAAAAUUUUA